GAAAAGCCCCAUGCCCGACCCAUACCGGGUGUCCAUUUCCAGUCCAAGCGAGCCGGAGCCGACAGCACCCACGCGCGCAUGCCAAUCGGCACAAUCGGCGCAAGGGCCAAGGGCGAUCUUUCCCUGGCUCCCGUCGCUGGCCUGCUCGCUGCUCAUCUCGGCCGCCAUCUUCCUGGCAUCUCUGUCCUUCGCUGGCCACACCCAUGUCGGACCCAACACAGCUGAUCGCCCACCGCUCUGCAUCCGACCGGGCACACCCGUCGCUGAGGCAGAAAAAGCGCACCGAGUUUUGGAUUCGAUUUGGCAAGCAGCUUCUCAUCGAUGGAACAGCAGCCGGGGUGGCCCGGACGCUCAUCGCCCCGAUCGAACGGGUCAAGAUCGUGCUCCAGGUUCAGCGCAUGACGAUCAUGCCCCACUUUCCGCUUGGCAUCGUCCCGCAGCUCCACACACCCUACAAGAACAUGAUCGAUGGCCUCAAGAGAAUCCCCGAGCGGGAAGGAUGGCUUGCGCUGUAUCGAGGCAAUGGUGUCAAUGUGUUGAGGAUCUUCCCGACCAACUUGAUCCGGUUCGCUCUCUUUGACCGACUCAAUGUCCUGCUGGCGCCGACCCAGGGCGAUGCAACGACACUCUUCCAAACCAAGCUGGUAACCGGCGCCCUGAGCGGCAGCAUCUUACUGUCGCUGACGUAUCCGCUGGACUAUGCACGGACGCUACUCACGGCCGACACCACCCCAAAGUCCAGCCCGCACCGUCUCUACCGGGGGCUGUUUGAUUGUCUCUUCAAGACAGCCCAGCGCGAGGGUGUCCUGGCCGCAUACAAGGGCUUGGGCAUCAGCAACCUCGGCGUGAUGCUCUAUACAGGGGUGUCCUAUGCCACCUACGACUCGCUCGUCGAUGUUUUCCUACCCGAGUCCCGCCCUAUGCGCUCCGAGUGGCUCUAUCCGUGGCUCAAGCUCUCGCUGGGCAUGGUUUCGGUCGUGGUAGCCCAGAGCCUGACCUAUCCAGUCGACACGAUUCGCCGAAGAAUGCAACUCAAUGGCGGCCUCGGCCAGAAGCAGCUCUACAGCGGCACCGCCGACUGCAUCAAAACCAUGAUCUUGCAGGAGGGCUGGAAGUCAUUCUACCGCGGACUCGCGGCCAACGCCCUGAAAACCUCUCUUGGCGGAGCCCUGCAGUUCGUCCUCUACGACUCGAUACGAUCGGCAUACAUCCAAGACGAGUACAGGGACCGUGGUGGUCGAUGAACUUGGUUGCCGGAGAGGGUGGCAGCUGUCGGUGGCUUCCAACACGCAUGUAGAUUCAUGAACAGAGUGACCUUCGGUAGGGAUGCUGUCGAGGGGCCGGUGGGAUCGACCAGGCUGCCAGGAUGAGUCCCCACUCCGGGCUCCAUGACAGGACCAGCAUAGAGCGUGUUGAAGAAAAAGUGGGACACAUCGUCUCAUCCGGACAAACACGGCGUAGUCGGAUCAUAUCGCACACCUGGUCAGGUGGAUCUACAGUCAAUCCAGAAAGAAACGGGACAGUCACUUUCUGGCUUCA